CAAGAACCAACUCCAAAGUUUAGAGAGACCAGACAAGUAAUCAGCCGUCACAACCAGGUUUCAGUCCAAUAACUUUACUAGACCUUAUUAUUUGCGUUUCAGCUCCGUGCAUCGAUUCACUUGCUCCUUCUCCAUUUUGACUCGUCACCUCAAAAUUGCCCCCCACCUGAAAGACAGAGCAAACACUAGGAUAUGUCAGGGAAAAAGGAAAGAAACAAGGAGAGAAGAGAAAAGAGACUCCAAGAGAUUUCACUUCUCAGGACCAUUCCUUAUUCUGAUCAUCAAAGGUGGUGGUCACAAGAAACUGUUGCAGUUGUAACUGGUGCUAAUAGAGGAAUCGGGUUUGAGAUUGCAAGACAACUUGCCGGGCAUGGAUUGACAGUAAUACUAACAUCAAGGAACAUUAGUGUCGGCAUUGAAGCAACCAAGGCCUUACAAGAAGGGGGUUUCAGUUAUGAUGUUCAUCAGCUUGAUAUCUUGGAUGGUGAAUCAAUUUCAGCGUUUGUUGAAUGGAUAAAACAAAAAUACGGUGGCAUUGAUAUCCUGGUGAAUAAUGCAGGUGUUAACUUCAACCUCGGGUUCGAUAAUUCUGUGGAAUUCGCACGACAGGUAGUUGACACCAAUUAUUAUGGCACUAAAAAUAUGAUUAAAGCAAUGAUACCAGUAAUGAAACCUUCCGCUGCUAGUGCUCGUAUCGUUAAUGUAAGCUCACGGCUAGGCAGACUAAACGGCCGCCGCAAUAGAAUUCAAGAUGCAACUUUGAGAGAAAAACUAACUAAUUUGGAAACUCUCUCAGAGGAAUUGAUUGAUAAAACAGUGUCUAGUUUCUUACAACAAGUUGAAGAUGAAACUUGGCAAUCAGGUGGAUGGCCUCAAACAUUCACUGAUUACUCUGUAUCUAAACUUGCUGUCAAUGCUUACACCAGAUUGGUGGCCAAAGAACUAUGCGAUCGACCACAAGGCGAAAAGAUAUAUAUCAACUGUUAUUGUCCAGGAUGGGUGAAGACUGCAAUGACAGGUUGGGCAGGCAAUAUUUCUCCUGAGGUUGCAGCUGACACUGGAGUCUGGCUUGCUUUGCUUUCUGACCAAGCAAUAACUGGAAAGUUUUUUGCAGAGAGACGAGAAAUCAACUUUUGAGUAAAUCAAGUUUUGCAUUGUAGAGUAAAAAAUUUGUUCUAUUCUUGAAGAUUCGAGGAAACAGUUGAAAGUAACUUGUUUUAGAAGCAAUUUGGCCCAUACGUAGCACCAAACUAAACCCGAACAUAUGAAUCAAUGCUGCUUUCUGUCAAACCUUAAAAGACCCAAGUAUAAUUGCCUCCACUCUUAUUCUCUUUUUUAGUAUUUGUUGUUGAUUUUUUAAUGAAAAAUUAUACACAUUUGCAGGGAGCAAACAUUACCUGGAAUUCUAUAAUAAUGUUUUUGAAAUCAAAAUAUGUUUAUUCUUUGGAUAACCCAAACAUUGAAAACAAUCGAAAUCUAAAAUGAUUUAAAUCCAAAUUAUACUUUUCCCAUUUCUGGACUGCAUUCAAUUCAUUCGGUCCUGAGAUAUUUUGAAGUUUCAUGUGAUCCAAGAUCACUGCAAUGCCAUCGUCAGUAGAGUUCCCGGGCUGAUUAUUUGUCUUAUGAAGGCCCACGAUUUUCACCUCAGUCUCUUGUAUCUGUAUGUAGUUUCUUCCCUUUCUCCAUAAUAGUUCCUCAAGCCAAUGCUCAGAAGAGCUCUUCUCAACGCCCAACGACUUGUUAAAUCCUCCACCAUUGCCAACCGGACCACGACCAUUUUCAGGCCACAAUAUGGUUGGGUUUCAAGAUUCUCAUCCACCAAUAUUAGUAACGCUCAGUCAUUAGAAAUGGACCUUUCAACCGAAGAAAGCAAAAGGCGUCUGUUUAACAUGUUAAUAUUUUCAAUUUCCUUUUGGGUACUUUUUCUGGUUCUAGUCAUAAGAAAUUUAACUACCGUUUUGAUGGGUUCUUCCUUUCUUCCUUUCAAUAGAUUGUUAUAAGAAAUUUAACAGAGAGGAUUUUUGGAGCUGGAUUUGGUUCUGGGAAAAUGGGUGGAGGAACAUAUCUACUCCAUGGAUGAAAAUGGAAUUAAAGCUCUAGUUCAUGUCCUUGAUUUGGAAAACCCAGACCUCCGGAGAUGGCUAACAGGCCAAGAACGACCGCCUGAAGCAGUGAGUGGUAAUCCGGUCUUCUCCGCAGUACAAGGGAAGGUGUUGAAAAACCUGAACCAUUCAGCUCCCGAGACACGAGCAACUCCUGGUCAGCCAUGUGUGAGAGGAUGGGAUGAUUUUCAGAAAGGUCACGAUGUCCCUAUCACCGGCGGUGAAAAGUUUUUAUGGCGAAAUCUCAAUUCCAUUUUGGAAUAAAAAUAUUUUUUACUUUGUAUUAAUAUCUUGAACAAUAAAAUAGACUUUUGAGGUCAAA